AUGGAGAAGUCUGCAGAAUCCUCACUUUACAGCAGGCAUAAGUGCAUGUAGCAAAUCCUGAGUGGCAAUGACUGUCGCUUAACCCCGUCAGUGUCCGGCCCAGCUCAGCAUGCCAAGAACACCCCUACAGGAGAACAGCUAGGCAGUUGACAGUAGGACAGAAGAGGCUUGUAGGGAAGAAUAAAUGUCAUGGUGAGCAAACUAUAGAAUCACACCCUUUUUAACCUGAAACCACAGGUAAUUCCAGAGUUGGGUGUGCUCAGAAAUAGUUUUCAUUGUCAGUGAUACAGUAAUUGUCAUUUGCUACCCUUUCUGUCAUGAGUUAUUUUUCAUAUGUUCAUUACUGUUCAUAAUUUGUUUUAAUAACUGAGCUCAUUUGUGACUCCUUGCCCUGUGUCUGCAAGGAACUGGGGAGGUGAUUAUGGUGUCAUUAAACUUAUUAUUAUUAUUAUUAUUAUUAUUAUUAUUAUUAUUAUUAUUAUCAUCACUGAGAUCCAUGAAAGCAGGUCAAGGGAGGAUAGAAAAAUGCUACAGACCCAAACCCUUAAUGAGCAGACAUGGAUAUAAAGGAGAAAAAUCGAAGAAGGGAGUCAAACCCAGUGCCUGGUGAGUUGCCUGACAGCCAUAACCUUUCUCCAGGAAUGGUGGGACAUCCGGCACAGCAAGGAUGGGCUGGCGGAGGAGGAGCUGUCCAUGAGUGGCUGCAGAGUGGUGUGGUCCCGAGGUCAGGCUGGCCGAGUGGGGUCCCGGCAGGUUGUCAAGUGCACGACCUGAGACUCGGCUGUGAUACAUGCCAUGCUCGCCUCCUCCUACACCUGCCCAGACCAACCGUCCCUGCUGGGAGAACCUGUCCCUCAAGAACCCACAGGUUCAAUCACACACUCUGCGAAGCUUACGUGGAGGAAAACUGGUCUCCCGGCCAGGUGGUCACCAACCUUGUGGCCACGGACCUUGAUGCCUGGGACCUGGGCAAGCUGAGAUACACCGUCCUGCACCAGACCUCAGAAGCAGCCGUCACCAUGAACAAGGAAGGCAGUCUAUACACUGAGACACCCCUGAAUCGCGAGUCCCUGCCCGUGCACAGCCUCAAGGUGUCCGUGAUGGACGAAGAGAUCCAGGCCAGCUUCACGGUGGUGUGCGACAUGAACAAAAACCCACCAGUCUUUACGCUGCCGGAGUACCAGGCGAACAUCAUGGCUCCCAGGACGACCAUUCUUAAGGUCAUUGGUGUUAAGCUCACCGGGGAGCUGAGCAGUUGGACAUCACCCAAAGACAUCAUAUUGAAGGUCGCUGGAAUUCUGACAGUUAAAGGCGGCACCGGGGCAAUUGUUGAAUAUUUGGGGCCUGGCGUGGACUCCAUCUCCUGCACCGGCAUGGCCACGAUAUGCAACAUGGGCGCCGAGAUCGAUUGGCUACAGUGAAGGUCGUGGCAGAGAGUGUACUCAAACUCCUACUGUGAGCUACUCCUGAUGCCUGCGCCCUCACCACCCCUGUGAAGGACGCCCAGCUGACCCAACCCUCCUCGUGUGCCCCUGAGAGCUCCCUGCAGCACAGCGAGUCUCUUCUUGGACGGCUCAGAGGCACAGAAGAUGUAGCCAGACUUGCCGGCCAAACCCGAGGGUGUGUGUUGAUGUUGGGACCAAGAAGAAGAAGAGGAGGAAGAUGAUGAUAAAGGCAACAGGAAGAUCAGAAGAAGAGGAGGAAGAAUGGAAGAAGAGAAGAGAACACACACACACACACACACACACACACACAUAUGACAAACACCUUUUUCUAUAUUUUUCAUUUUUAUUAAUCCAUACAACAUACAUUAGCUAUAUACAUAUAAUACAACAUAUGCAUAACUAUAUACAUUAGAUCAUAGAGUGAGUGAGUGAGUGAGACUCGAGAGGCGAGAUAGAGGUGCUCUCUCUCUCUCUCUCUCUCUCUCUCUCUCUCUCUCUCUCUCUCUCUCUCUCUCUCUCUCUCUCUCUCUCUCUCUCUCUCUCUCUCUCUCUCUCCUCACCUCACCACAGCUCACAGGACCCUACAGAUGUACCUCCCACAGUAUGUUGACAACUGCCCACAGACACAUACCCCCCCAGCCUCAUGAAGGACCCCCUUCUCCUUCCCUCCCCCCCUAGCCAACAUAGCACCCACAUAGCCUUAUCAAAGUUACUAUGU